GACACCGGUUAUAGUCCUCAUAUCAUUCAUCAGCAUUGCGCCAACUAGAGUCAGUGUGACAGCACAGCUUUUAGGCUGAAAACAAUCUGCUCCAUAAGGCAGCGCGAUCCGCCGCACGUCGGCGGAGGACCACUCCAUUGCCGGGCGCCUCCUCCACCCCCGAGCAAUGGCAGUGAGUGUGAUGUGAAGAAAAGGAAGGGGCAAACACAACAAAUGGAUGUGUGAGGAUGAGAUUACCCAGCUCAAUUUUUGUGUCCGUCUCUCUGUUCACCGCCGAGACUACGGCAGCUUUAUAUCUUAGCAGCACGUACCGAUCUGCGGGGGACCAAAUCUGGCAGGGGCUCACGCUGCUCUUCACACUCGUCCCGUCCGUGCUGGUACAGCUUACCCUCACCUUCAUCCACAGGGAUCUCAGCAAAGAUAAACCUCUUGUGCUGCUGCUCCACAUCCUGCAGCUAGGACCGAUUGUCAGGUGUCUGGAGGCUUUCUGCAUCUACGGCAGCAUCGGGAAGAUCGAGGAGCCGUACGUGAGCAUCACCAGGAAGAAGCAGAUGCCCAAAAAUGGCCUAGCAGAGGAGGUGGAGAAGCAGGUGGGCCAGGCUGAGGGGAAGCUGGUGGCCCAUCGCGCUGCCUUCGCCCGAACCUCCGUCAUCCAGGCCUUCCUGGGCUCCGCCCCUCAGCUGACCCUGCAGCUCUACAUCUGUGUGCUGCAGCGGAGGGUGUCCAUCGGCAGAGGUACGCUGAUGGUGAUCUCACUCCUGUCUAUAGUGUACGGCGCUUUACGCUGCAACAUCCUAGCCAUUAAAAUCAAGUACGACGACUACGAGGUGAACGUGAAACCUCUGGCCUACCUCUGUAUAUUCCUCUGGAGGAGUUUCGAGAUUGCGACCAGGGUGGUGGUCUUGGUUCUCUUCAGCUCUGUCCUUCAGAUCUGGAUCCUGCCUGUGAUCCUCCUCAACUUCUUUACCUUCUUCUCCUACCCUUGGAUCCUGUUCUGGAUGAGCAGGUCUCCUUUCCCCGAGAACAUUGAGAAGACGUUUACACGAGUGGGCACCACCAUGGUGCUGUGCCUGCUCACCUUCCUGUACGCCGGCAUUAACAUGUUCUGCUGGUCGGCAGUUCAGCUGAAACUCAACGACCCAGACCUGAUCAACAAGUCCCAGAACUGGAACCGCAUGGCAGUAUACUACAUGCUGCGCUUUGUGGAGAACGCCACCCUCAUUCUUCUGUGGUAUGUCUUUCAGACUGACUUCUACAGGUUCAUCAGUGGUGCCCUGCUGGUCCUGGAGCUGCUCAUCGGCUAUGCCAUUGCCAUCUUCUUCAUGCUGGUCUUCUACCAGUUUUGCCACCCUUGCAAGAAACUCUUCUCCUCCAGCAUCACUCAUGGCCUCUGGGAAUGGUCCGGUGUUCUCUGCCUCUUGUGCAGGUCACGCUUAGAUGCAGGACAAUGUGAAAAGGCAGUUCUGGAGUCACCCAGAGCUAUAGACAAGGACACCUUGAACGAUGCAGCAGUUCCUGAGAGUGGAACCCUCGAUUAAAGCUUGUCACUCUUACUUAUGCUGGUCUCACAAUGUCAGUAUUGCACUCAGCUCAUGAAAAUGGUCUGUGCCCAAUAUGUGUGCGCAGAAUAUUACUUUGUGGAUAUACAGCAGUGUUUCCUAAUCCGGUCUUCGUAGACUCACAGCCGGUCCAUGUUUUUGCUCCCUCAGCUCCCUGCCAGGCCGGGAGCAAAAACGUGGACUGGCUGUGAGCCCACGAGAACGGGAUUGGGGAAACACUGGUAUUGAAAUUGCACAUCCCACCUCGAUAUGUCAGUUCCCACACUUGUGGCUAUAUAAUGCUAGCGAUACUGUGUCUCGAUAAACAUUCGGUUUUAUGGCAGUUUACCUGUGGUGUGGCAUUAAUUAAGCAUGUAACUUGGCCAAAACUAUACGAGUAGUAAAAAGAGCCAAAAGCCAUCUUUUCAAAAUAAUCACAAUAAUCUUUAUCUAUAAAUAUAAUAUGGUAUAAUGUAUGCUGGAAAUACAACAAACAACAAAUGAGUUCAAGGGCUGUUGUAUUGGUUUAUAAUUGCGAUAUACUAGGAACCAUUUGUUAUUUUUCUGUUCGUUUAUUAUGGUUUUCCUAGUCUCACAGGCAAUAUAGCUAUACUGCUUGUAUUUACACGUAUAUAUACAUAUAAAUAUAUAUCAAAUGGAGAGUGCAUUCAUCCAUACAAAAUCUCAUAAUGAGGCAGUCCAGGCCAAGAAGCCCAGGGCAGAAUGCAGGGUGCCUUCUGGGUGGGCGGUGUGACAUGUCUUGUGUAAACAUCUCGCAUAAUGAUCUUAAGCUGACGUGCAAGGGCAGGCUAGGGGCCAGAGCCAUCUGAGAAUAACAGCAUGAUUCAUUUCUUCAUUCACACAACCCUUUAUUUGAAGGUGCUGGUCGCUCCUUGUCAGCAAGGCAACUCAGCAUAGUGAGCAUGCAAUUUACAAUUGAAACUCUGAGAGAUGUUGAUUGUACCAGUACAAAAUUGCACCUAGACCUAGUAUUAACACUUAGAUUAUUUUUCACACUACAGACUGUAGAUGGAAUAAUGUGUAUAAGAUUGUGUAUGAGAAUUUAUGUUUAAAAUCUCCUGCACAAAAGAGGGGUAAAACGUAGUUAUCUGAAAGAUUAUGAGAUUAUUAUUGUGCAAUACAGUAAUUAACAUCUGAAUUCCUUACCCCUUGAUCCUGAAACUCCGUAACUGAUCCUCUUAACAGGUGCAAUCAUUUGACAAAAAUCCAAGUUUUGCACAGUUUCGUCUGAAUUUCGAUAUAGUUACAUUAUUUGUGCUUAAGAUGUGUGGCUGUUUUAUAAUGUUUUCUGGAAUUGAGCAUGGAAAAACUCCCGUUACAUGUUUAGCAUGGAGAAUUGCACAUCACCUAUUGUUUUCAAAGCUGGAACAUUUAAGCCAAGGUAAUUUAGUGCUGUUAUUCUGUUUGUGGAGGAUUGCGUUAGUUAAGUUUUGCAACAGAUUUGCAUGAGACAGGAAGCAUUGCAUUUCAGAAAGUCUGUAUAUUGUACAGUAAUGACAAUGAUGUUGCCAAAAAGUCAGUCAUUAAAUCUCCACAUUGUAUCAUGUAUUGUAUCAUAAAUAUUAAUAUCCAACAUGUAUAUUAAUAUGUUUAUUUUUUUUAUUUUGCUGUAAAUUUCAUAUACCUUAUAUAUCAAAUACCAGAUUAUGUGCAUGUUAAUGCAAUGAAAUACAAGUAUAUAUUUAUGACAAUAAUACUUUUUCAAGUAUUUGCUGUUCAACUGCAGAACAAAUGUUUGCAGAUGUUUGGCAGUUUUUCAUGUGUCUGCAUUAUUUGUUUAUAAAGGUGUGUUACUGGUAUUCCCUUUCAAGGACACCCUGACGGUCUUCUUUGCCUUAGACUCCACAUUUGUGUAUUUUAUUCACCUCUAGAUGCCAAAGAAAUCUAUGCAAUAGUUUCAGUUCUCGCCAAUACCAUAGUGUUACAUUUUAGACCUUUCAGGUGCCUGGAUUCCUCUUGUGUGGUGACAGACCAUGGAAAGAUUUUCAGUUAAGGCACACUGGUUCAAGUAUUGCAGAUGUCUGUGAUGUGCAGUCUUCUCCACAUCCAUGUGGAUUUGAAGAUAGAUCCGAAAUACUUUUGAGUCUUACAGCUCUGAGCAUUAUUCUGUUUCCGCUGUUUAAUAUAGGCUACGAGACGUAAUGUGUAAGAUUCAUUUUUCAUUUAUAAUAUAUUGUCAUUCUGACUAUUUAU